GAAAACACUCGCCCAAACCAUGAACAUAUUUUCCCAUUCGUGGAAUCCGAUUGAGGCUUAGGGUUUAUUCCUCAUCCUCCCGCUCCGCUCCUACCAGAAACCAUUGAAGAAGGUAAGCCUGUCGCUCCAUUUACUAAAUCAGCAGAUUCAAAGGAUUUAGUAAAUCCUGGAUUUCAGUCCGAAAUCCGCGAAAUCCGGAUUAGUUAAAGCGGCGGAUAUAUUUUGUCCAAACUGACCGUCUGGAAAGAUUUAGCCUAAAUUCAGGUUGAAUCCUGGGCUAAAUCCGUUGCCAGACAGCAAUGUGUAUGUCUGUAACAUACGAAUAAACCCUAAACUUCACUCUGUUCAAAGCCGAAUCAAUCUCUGUUACGUUCUUUUUUUUUCAUCUUCUGGGCCAACAUGCCGAAGGUUUAUGGUACCGGAACCUACGAUUUUCGUCGGCAUCGUGUAGCCGAGUACCCUUUCGAGACUCAGGCAGUGAAAGCACUAAAGCAACCGGAGCAGCGACCUGGAGGGAACGUAAAUAACUCCAUAACUCUUUUGGAGAUCCAACGUGACCGUCUGACCAAGAUUGCAGCGGGGAAUUGGCUGAAGAAUUCUGGCGUUAAAGGCGCGGACCGGAAGUUUGAUCCCGAUCUAGUGAAGGAGAUUUAUGAGACUGAGCUGCUAGUUAUUGGCGGGCGAAGAACUGUCCCGCUCCAGAGGGUAAUGAUUCUAGAGGUUAGCCAGUACUUGGAGAACUAUCUGUGGCCCAACUUUGAUGCGGAGACGGCGUCUUUUGAGCAUGUUAUGUCUAUGAUUCUCAUGAUUAAUGAGAAGUUUCGGGAGAACGUGGUGGCUUGGAUUUGCUUUCAUGACCGGAAGGAGGCGUUUAGGGGAUUCUUGUGGAGAGUUCUUCGUCUGAAAGAAGAGGGAAGAAAGUUGACUCUAGCGGAGAAGACAAAUUAUUUGCUUUUCAUGAUUAACGCCUUCCAGAGUUUAGAGGAUGAGAUUGUUAGUGAAACUGUUCUCAAGUUGGUAAGCUUGCAGUUAUGGCACUGCCUUUCACCUGGUAGAUUCCAGAUGGAGUUAUGCUUAAACCCUCAGCUGACGAGAAAGUGGAGAAAAAUGAUUAGGAAAGAGGCCAAAGGAGCGAAGAAGCUAGGGAAACCAUUUGAUCCUUCAACGAUUCUUGAGGUGACUUUCCUAAGGGACCUAAUUGAAGAAUUUUUGGAGAUACUUGAUUCCAAGGUUAUCUCAGUUAAGCAAACCGAUGACAAAGAAAAUCAUUUCAGUGAUUCAUAUGAUGAAAAAGUGGAUGAUUCUUGUGUACUAUAUUGUGAAAGGUUCAUGGAGUUCCUCAUUGAUUUAUUGAGCCAACUUCCAACGAGAAGAUUCUUGAAAGCUGUUGUUGCAGAUGUGGCUGUUGUUCCCAAGUGUCAUUUGAGUGCUCUUUAUGCUCAUGAAAAGGGUCGUCUUUUUUCACAACUGGUUGAUUUGCUGCAAUUUUAUGAAGGCUUUGAGAUUGAUGACCAUACUGGGAGUCAAAUGAGUGAUGAUGAUGUGCUUCUAGCUCAUUAUUCCCGUCUACAAGCUUUCCAACUUUUAGCAUUCAAACAAAUACCAAAGCUGCGGGACUUUGCAUUGUGCAAUAUUGGUGCAAUUAACAAGCGCGCUGAUCUUUCAAAAAAGUUAUCUAUAUUAUCUGCUGAGGAGCUCCAAGACCUAGUCUUCAACAAGCUUAAAUUGGUUUCAGAAGAAGAUCCGUGUGCUUCAAAAGCGCACUUCCUCGUUGAAGUUCUUGUAUCCUUCUUUGAAAAGCGACAGUCCCAAAGAGAUGCCAUAAACGCUCUUCCUUUGUACCCAAAUGAGAAGAUAAUGUGGGAUGAAAGUGUUGUCCCUAGUAUCAACUACUCUGGAGAAGGCUGCCUUGCUCUCCCAAAACUCAACCUCCAAUUUCUUACAUUGCAUGAUUAUUUAUUACGGAAUUUCAAUCUUUUCCGCCUUGAGUCUACAUACGAAAUUCGAGAAGAUAUUCAGGAGGCUGUCCCACAUCUUCUAGCCUACAUUAAUAAUGAGGGAGAUGCAGCGUUCCGUGGCUGGUCAAGAAUGGCUGUGCCUAUUAAAGAAUUUAAAAUCACUGAGAUUAAACAACCUAAUAUUGGGGAAGUCAAGCCUUCAUCUGUAACUGCAGAAGUUUCUUUUAGCAUUUCUAGUUACAGGGCUCAUAUAAGAUCAGAGUGGGAUUCUAUAAAGGAACAUGAUGUUUUGUUUUUGCUAUCCAUACGACCUUCGUUCGAACCUCUUAGUCAGGAAGAGGCUGCUAAGUCCACUGUUCUGGAAAGGCUAGGUCUUCAGUUUGUUCGAGGGUGUGAAGUUAUUGAGAUUCUUGAUGAAGAAGGUAUUCUUAUGAAUGAUUUCACUGGUAGAAUCAAAAGAGAUGAAUGGAAGCCUCCUAAAGGUGAUCUACGCAAAAUUGUUGUUGCCCUGGAUACAGCACAGUAUUACAUGGAUGUUACUGAUGUCAGUGAGAAAGGAACAGAGGAUGUCUAUGGAUCAUUUAACAUCUUAAUGCGAAGGAAACCCAAAGAAAAUAAUUUCAAAGCAAUAUUAGAGUCCAUUCGAGAUCUAAUGAAUGAAACUUGCAUAGUUCCGGAUUGGCUGCAUAAUAUAUUUUUGGGUUAUGGAAAUCCAUCUGCUGCACAGUGGACAAAUAUGCCUGAUUUUCUAGAAGUAAUUGAUUUCAAAGAUACUUUUCUAAAUGCAGACCAUCUCAAAGAGAGCUUUCCUGGUUUUAAGGUCUAUUUUGUUAAAGAAGGUCAUAAAGAAGAUUUGGAUCCACGUCCUCCUUUCCGUAUAACACUUCCCAAAGCAAUGAGAAACAGUACACAUGCUCUUCCAGGCGAUCAGAAGUCAAGUAUAAAUGGCCCUGUUCAAAGCUCCGAGGAGGAAAUUGUUGUAGAGGCAUAUAUACCUCCUGACCCUGGACCUUAUCCCCAGGAUCAACCAAAACAAAACUCAGUUAGAUUUACACCAACCCAGGUUGGUGCAAUUAUUUCAGGAAUCCAGCCAGGAUUGACCAUGGUUGUUGGUCCACCUGGUACCGGCAAAACAGAUACGGCAGUGCAGAUUUUGAAUGUUCUUUAUCAUAAUUGUCCGUCACAGAGAACACUUAUCAUCACACAUUCUAAUCAAGCUCUAAAUGAUCUUUUUGAGAAGAUAAUGGAGCGGGAUGUACCAGCGAGGUAUCUGCUUCGAUUAGGCCAGGGUGAACAGGAGCUGGCAACUGAUCUGGACUUCAGUCGACAAGGCCGUGUGAAUGCAAUGCUUGUAAGACGACUAGAAUUGCUCGGUGAAGUCGAAAGACUGGCCGGGUCUCUUAAGCUUCCCGAAGAUGUUGGCUACACUUGUGAAACUGCUGGAUACUUUUGGUUGCUCCAUGUCUAUUCGAGGUGGGAGCAGUUUCUAGAUGCAUGCGCAAAAAAUAAAGACAAACCCACAUUUGUUAAAGAUCGUUUUCCAUUCCAGGACUUCUUCUCCAACACGCCUCAGCCCAUUUUCAGCGGCGAAUCCUUCGAGAAAGACAUGCGGGCGGCGAAGGGCUGUUUCCGUCAUCUUUCAACAAUGUUUCAGGAGUUGGAGGAAUGCAGGGCAUUCGAACUGCUUAAAUCGACAGCCGAUCGCGCAAACUAUCUCAUGACUAAACAAGCCAAAAUCGUGGCCAUGACCUGCACCCACGCAGCAUUGAAGAGGAAAGAUUUUCUUCAAGUGGGAUUUAAGUAUGACAACUUGUUGAUGGAGGAAAGCGCGCAGAUACUCGAAAUAGAGACGUUCAUACCAAUGUUGCUUCAAAGACAGGAAGACGGUUAUGCUCGGUUGAAGCGAUGCAUACUGAUCGGCGAUCAUCAUCAGUUGCCUCCGGUCGUAAAAAAUAUGGCUUUUCAAAAGUAUAGCCAUAUGGAUCAAAGUCUCUUUACUCGGUUUGUUCGGUUGGGCAUUCCUUAUAUAGAGCUUAAUGCCCAGGGUAGAGCUCGACCAAGUCUAGCAAAACUCUACAACUGGAGAUAUAGAGAUUUGGGUGAUCUUCCUUUUGUACGAGAGAUGCCUAUUUUUAACAAAGCGAAUUCUGGAUUCGCUUAUGAAUAUCAAUUGAUAGAUGUGCCUGAUUACCUUGGCAAAGGUGAAACCGCUCCUUCGCCAUGGUUCUAUCAGAACGAAGGAGAGGCGGAGUAUAUUGUUAGCGUUUACAUGUAUAUGCGUUUACUCGGAUACCCGGCAAAUAAGAUUUCCAUAUUAACAACUUAUAAUGGCCAAAAGCUUUUGAUCCGUGAUGUCGUCAGCAGAAGAUGCACCAGUUGUGGGAUUGGUCCACCUAGCAAGGUCACCACUGUUGAUAAAUUUCAAGGCCAACAAAAUGAUUUUAUCUUGCUUUCUCUUGUUCGCACUCGUUUUGUCGGCCAUCUACGAGACGUAAGGAGACUAGUUGUCGCCAUGUCUCGAGCUCGUUUGGGGCUUUAUGUGUUCUGUCGGCGUGCAUUGUUUGAACAGUGUUAUGAACUACAACCAACCUUUCAGCUUCUUCUUCAGAGACCUGACCAUCUUGGCUUGAAUCUGGAUGAGGCCACUCCUUUUACAGAACGCAGUGUUGGAGAAACUGGGAGAGUUCACUUUGUGAGUGGCGUUCAGGAGAUGGAUGGAUUGGUUAACUUCAAGAUGCACCAACUCUACCAGGUGCAGCUUAUGGGAGACCAGCAUGCAGCAUACCAAGGGCCCAUUUCACGUCGAAAUGGAACUCUAAAAUCAUCGUCGCAGGAUACGGUUGUUGAUUCGGACAAAGUCGAGAGCUCAGACAAUGUCGAGGAUCCUACGAAAAUUGGGGGUUUGGACGAAGUGAACAGCAUUGACAUGGCUAUUGUAAGUGGUGACCAGGAGCGCAUUUCCCUCAAAUCUUUAACUUCACACGAAAAAUAUCACCAUAAUUAUCUUUUUUUAAGUGAAGUGCAGCUUAUGGGAGACCAGCAUGCAGCAUACCAAGGGCCCAUUUCACGUCAAAAUGGAACUCUAAAAUCAUCGUCGCAGGAUACGGUUGUGGAUUCAGACAAAGUCGAGAGCUCAGACAAUGUCCAGGAUCCUGAGAAAAUUGGGGGUUUGGACGAAGUGAAGGGCAUUGACAUGGCUAUUGUCAGUGGUGACCAGGAGCGCAUUUCACAUCCAAAUGGAACUAUAAAUUCCUCUUCUCAAGACACCGUUGAGGACUCUGUAGAAGUUGAGAAGUUGGAUAAAGUUGAGGACACUGAUAUGGCUAUUGCUAUUGGGGACGAUGGAAAUGUGCCGCAGAAGGAUGGAUUAACAGAAGAUAAGAUGGAGGAAUGA